AUGAUAGCAGGUUUGAUUCACAGCCUGGCCACUCAACUCAAGGUUGAUGCAUUGUCAGAAUACCCAAAUGACUCCUUCCCAGCCUUCUGCCAUGGUCGUGCAGCCAUUCCGGCCAUUAUUACCAGGGGAAAAGACAUUCUGGACAUGCCAGUGUUUAGUGAGACUGAAAACAAAAUGAUGAAAUCUGAAUGCAUUCAGAUCUACACAACUUCUGCUUCCAUUGGUGAAAUCAAUGCAUCUAAUACUAAGCAGAUGGAUCCUGUGAAACAUUUCUGUCUGGAGGAGCAGAACAUGUCUUGCCCUGUUAUUUUAAUAGUAGAACAAGAAAAGAAGAACAUUAUAGAGGAAUGGAUUGAAACUCAAAAUGACAAUCUUCAUGGCGUAUGUGUGCUAUUAUUUAGCAAGGGACGAGAACUAGAACAGCAAUAUUUUUCCCCAGAGAAGGGCAUAUGUCUAAACAAUGCAACAUUAUCCGACAUCAUGGCGGCUGUAGAUGAUAUUUUAGAACGCUCCAUAUUUUUAGUUUUGAAGCAUUUGCUGGAAGUAUAUGUGGAAAAAUACAGAGCAACAACAGAUUUCUCAGAUGUGGAGACAGAAAGCACCUUACAAAGUGUUUAUGCCUUUGCAAGAGCAGCAUACCAAAGAAGUGAAGUACCUGAGUGUGAAAGACCAAAUAUCCCAGAGAAGACUUAUAACUAUCCAAACAAUAUUGAUGAGGUCAUCACAACACUUCUUACGAUAGAAGGAGUAGUUGGCUGUUCUAAGAAACUUGGACGCCUAGAAAUCUCUAUUGAUGACACAAAAGACAGAAAGACAAUUGUUGAAAAAGUAAAACUGCUCCUCAAGAAUGAAUCAAUCAAAGCUACAUUUGUAUAUGGUAAUUUCACAUAUUUCCUUUGUCCUGGAGACCAAGUCCAGGGCAAGAAAGGGAAAAAAGGGACACUUGGAGGCUUUGCAAAACGGUUUGCUACAAAAACCAAUAUGGAGUUAAAUAACAGAGCGGAGACAGGCAGUGCAAAUCAAUUAAGUCCAGUUGAAUCAACAGGAUGUCUUGUUGAAUCUACAAAUACCACUGUUGAGUUAAAUAACAGAGAAGAGACAGGCAGUGCAAGUCAAUCAAUACCAGAAGAAUCAGCAGGAAAUCUAGUUGCACUUAUCUCAAGACAUGUUGCUUAUGCUAAUAUGGAAAUGGGCAUUAUGCAUCUUCUUGUUAACAAUAAAAUUAUUGGACAUACAGACAAUAUUCAUCCGCAGACCCUUCUCGACAUUAUUCCAAUUGACAUUUAUGAAAAUUUAAUUGGUGAUUGCAACACUAGAUUUAAAACAGAGCAAAACAAGUUUAUGCAUGCACAAUUGAUUGAUAAAGAACACAUAUCAACAUUAAUGGGAACUAAAGUUCAUAUAUGGGGAGCAGUGUCAUCCCCAGGUUUGGGUACACUUGUAGACAUUGAUUUUAAAAUGACAGGUGGACUGUGCAUCAAAGUAUGUGAUUGCAUCAAUGGUAAACCAUUCAGCUACCCAGGUGACAGUGGGGCUAUUGUAUGUGCCUCAGACAGCAGGGGGCGCAAUUUGUACGCCAUAGCCAUGCUGAUUGGAAAGUAUGAAGGAAUUAAGAUCCAACCAACAUAUAUGGCUGUUCUUCUCAGUGAAGCAUUCCAAAAAUUAAAAGAAUUAUACAAGUCAGAGUUUCUGCUGUGUGAAGACGAUGGAGCCACUUUAUAAAACCAUAAAUAUUGAUAAUUACAGUCAUGCGAGAUAUUCUGGUGAACAAUAUUUACAAUUUGAAAUAAUAAAUUGAGCUUAGUGCAUGAUACCUCUCCAUGAAAUGAGAGGUCAUGUAACGAUAAAUGGUUUGUAAAUAAGACUCAUUAGUAAAUUUAUAAAUGCUUGCUUAGUAGUACAUUUUGUGCAAUGCACUGGGAUAUUCGCAUUUAGCCAUUGCCCCUAGAAAACUUUUUAGUUGGGUUAAAGAGGAUAGUGUGGAUUGUCCCAUACCACAGACUAUAAUUGAUAUUUUAGUGAAGCAACUAAUGCAUGUUCCCUGUCAAUGAUGAGUUAUAAGAUGAGACUUGAAAAGAGGAUAUGUUCACUGGGACCUCUGAGUUCUGGCACCAGUUUGUUAAAAUUAUAUCUGGGGUCGUAUUCCAAAAAAAUCUAAGUCAUUUCUUAAAUAUUUUCACUUAAGUUCAAAAUCACAAUCUUUUGUAUUUCUUUACUAAAUUAAGGCAUGCAUGUUUUUUGGGGGUUUAACUCAAAUUACAUUGACAUAAUGAUGUUAUUUUGAUAUUUUUGAUGUCUAACUAUUGCAGUAUGAAAUGAAACACUUAAGUAAAAUUCCCAAUUUAAGGAUAAAAAUAAAAUUUAACUUAAGAUGCUUCUGGAAUACCACCCCAGGUCUUUAAUUUAGAUAAUUAUGGUAUGAAUGGGUUACAAAGGGCGCCGGUUUGUAUAAAUAUUUUUAAAGUUUGUUAAAUGAUUUAAGAUGCAUGCUUAUACUGUGA